UGUAAAUUGUGAAUUUUAAAUUUGUGAUCGUGCAUGUGGUCAAUAUUGAAGGAAAGUUCAUUGCAUUGAUUCCUAGCAAAAAAUUUCAUAAAUGUGGAUCAUCUCAAAUAUUCUCAACUGUCCUUACCCGCGACCAAUCCGAAUUCAGAUCCAAAUCCCCUCAUCUCGAAAAUCCUUGACUUGAAUUUUUCAUCCAUUUGAUUGCAAGCAACAAUGGCAGAUACCAGAACCAAUAACCCAGCAUUAGAACCCGAUUCAGACAGCCCAAUAAAUCCGGGUUUGGAAUUAGCCCAAUUCGGAGCUGGAUGUUUCUGGGGACUUGAGUUAGCCUUCCAGAGGCUUCAAGGUGUGGUCAAAACUGAAGUUGGGUAUUCUCAGGGUAAUCACCCUAAUCCGACAUACAAUCUUGUCUGCUCCGGCACUACCAACCAUGUUGAAGUGGUUCGGGUUCACUUUGACCCGAAUAUCUGCCCCUAUUCUAAGCUUCUUGAUCUCUUUUGGUCCCGCCAUGAUCCUACCACUCUCAACCGCCAGGCUGGUGACGUAGGAACUCAGUAUCGCUCAGGGAUAUACUACUACAACGAGAAUCAAGCACGUCUGGCUCAGGAAUCUAAGGAAGCAAAACAAUUGGAACUUAAAGACAGCAAGAUCGUAACUGAGAUUCUUCCUGCCAAGAGAUUUUACCGUGCAGAGGAUUAUCACCAGCAAUAUCUGGAGAAGGGUGGUCGUUUUGGUGAUAAACAGUCCACUGCAAAGGGUUGCAAUGAUCCAAUCCGAUGCUAUGGCUAAUACUCGGAAAUUUGUAUGCUUAACAUUUACAAUAAGCUUUUUACGAACAAGUUCAUUAGCCCUCCGUUUCCUGUUGAGCCAAUACUCGUGAACAAAAACUGCUCAUACUCACCAGAUCUGUAAUUUGAUACUGUUACAUAUAUAAUUGAAUAAACAAAGAUAAGUGAAUUUAUAUUUCAUGUUCUUUUGAUAAACCGAUCAUUGGAAUUAAAAUUUUAGUUGUACAUUAGUAUUUGACGGGUAUGAA